AUGGCCCUCCCACCCCAGUUCGCAGGCCAACUCCUCCCCGCCUCCACCCAGUCACAAGUCCCUCACACCCUCGAAAUAUACCUCGACUACACCUGUCCCUACUCGCGCAAACUCUUCCAGACCCUCCACCCGGCCAUCACCAGCCUCGUCACGCAAAAAUACCCCAGCACACUGCGCGUCAUCUUCCGCCAGCAGAUCCAGCCCUGGCACCCGUCCUCGACGCUCUGCCACGAAGCCGCCCUCGCGGUCCUCCGCCUCGCACCCACCGAGUUCUGGCACUACUCCGCCGCGCUGUUUGAGCGGCAGACGGAGUUUUUCGGGGGCUUGCGGAGGAGAGGGUUGGGGUGGAUGGCGAGGAGAUGA